AAAGUCGACAACACGACGGUGCUCGACGCCGGCGCGGCGAGAAAGUCGGUUCGCAUCCACAGCACCGAGGCCGUCAAGAUUGGCUCGGUCAUCAUCGCCGACAUCGUCAAGAUGCCCUGGGGCUGCUCAACCUGGCCCGCUUUCUGGUCGAACGGGCCCAACUGGCCCGACGGCGGCGAGAUCGAUGUUCUCGAGGGCGUGCACGACGACGUCGCCAACCAGAUCACGCUGCACACCAAAGACUCGGGCUGCAAGAUGACGGACGACGUCGACGUGACCGGCACGCUCGUGCCCGCCAACAACGACUGCAACGCCAAGGUGAACGGCAACACGGGCUGCUCGUACGCCGAGACGGCCAAGAACAGCUACGGCGAGGGCUUCAACGAGGCGGGCGGCGGCGUCUUUGUCACGUCGUUCACAACCAACGGCAUUGAGCAGUGGUUCUGGAGCAGACCCGACGUGCCGCAGAACAUCGUCGACGGCUCGCCUGACCGCAAAACGUGGGGCAAGCCGAGUGCGAGUUGGCCGAGCAGCGGGUGCGCCAUCGAGGAGUACUUUUCGGACCAGGACUUGAUCUUUGGUGAGUCCUCUUGCCCUCUCUCUCUCGUGCGCAUCUCUCGUGCGCAGUCGCCUGACGACGAGCACGUUUCAUAG